AUGGGCAUUAGCAAUCGAGCAAACGAGCAAAGAGCAAGCAUCGCAGUGCGUAUAAUAGAUCAGCCUAUGAAGAUGGGAGAGUACAAAGCAAGUGUGGCAGCGUUGGUGAUGUUGGUCUGUUUGGGAAGCAAUGUGGGCUUUGGAAUGGUGAUGGUGAAGGCGAAUCCAACAUCAUGCUGCAGCUAUUGCGGCGUGGGGCAUAAUACUGCAUUUCUCGGUGCUGGUCUAGUGCCACACCACUUACCACCUCUCUCACUGCACACCACCUCACUUCCACUCACCACAAUCCAUCGCCCCUCACCCACUACCACCACCACAACUACCAUCCCUGCUGUUUACCCUCAACUCCAUACUUUUCCAUACGCUUAUUCAUCCAUCCCUGCCACCAACAUUCCCACGCUCCAUCCUCAAUUCUAUCCAUACGCUUAUUCAUCCAUCCCUGCAACUACUAUUCCCACGCUCCAUCCUAAACUCUAUCCAUACACUUAUGUAAGUGAGACAAUCACUCUCUCCACCUUUUCUACUUUGUCUUGGCUUUUAUCUCUUAUGUGUGAAAGACUCUUAAAUGCCAAUGCUAACUAUAUGUGCCUAUUUCAUAUCUAUUCACACUGAUUGGU